AUGAACAAUUCUCAUCCAGUCUCGCAGCAUGAUAAUCUCGGAAAGAGAAGACCUUUCGUGCGGGUAGAAUCCUUGGAUCGUCUCAAGUGGAAUGUACUCGCUUCACCAUCGACAAUCGAGGCCGUCGACUUUGAUGAGUCGGGCGAGGUGUGCUGGCGACCCCUGUUGUUAGACCCAAAGCAUCCUCUAGCCGAUGAAGCUGUAACCGAACUACCCAUUCCUCGAAUGGGUGUCAAGCUGGUUAUGAUUGAGUAUUGGAAAAGUCUGGGCAUGAUGGAUGAGGCCCCGCCGCCUCUGGUCAUCGACAAUACUGACGGACGAGCCAUCACCAUUGAACAAUUCGUUCUCAGAGUCUCCGAGUACGCCUACAGCCUACGAGAAAUGCUGUACGAAAUCGAGGAUCGGGAACCAUCUUCACAGGAGAGUGCUGAGAUCUACUACUACUCGACUGGUGCACCAAAACUUCAAGAGCCUGGAAAUCUGUAUGUAUUCCCUUUGAACUUCAACACCAAUGAAUCGAGCUCGGUUCACGAGAUAGAGGCACAAUGGGUCCGAAGGGAACAGUUAUUUGUCGAGAACUAUGGGGGUUAA